AUACAAUUUACUAGAAAGAAAAUACUUUACAACAUUGAUUAACUGUGUGUUAAAAAAUUUAGAAAAAAAUAUGAAUUCGUCUAGUUUGAGAAAACAACAUGGGAACAUCCAUAGGAUACGUGAAUUUGAAUUGGAAAAGGUGAAUUUAUCCGAUGAAUUCGACAUUUUACAAAUUGUUGGAGAGGGCUGGUUUGGCAAGAUUUUAUUAGUAGAGCAUCGGGCGACUGACACAGAAAUGGUUUUGAAAGCGCUUCCAAAACCAUACGUAUCGUUACGGGAUUUUUACCGAGAAUUUCAUUAUGGUCUUCAUUUGGGUGCGCAUAAAAAUAUCGUCACCACUUACGAUGUGGCUUUUGAAACGGCCGGAUUUUAUGUCUUCACCCAGGAAUAUGCACCGUUGGGUGAUCUCACAUCGAAUGUAUCGGAUAGUGGUAUUGGUGAAACCCCCACCAAAAAAGUGGCAAAACAAAUCGCCUCCGCUCUCGACUAUAUCCAUUCGAAAGACUUAGUGCAUCGAGAUGUAAAAUUGGAUAAUGUUCUAGUUUGCCGAUCGGAUUUUUCUCGUGUUAAGUUAUGCGAUUUCGGCGAAACACGUAAGGCAUACAGCUAUGUACAACGACGAAACGAAUGGCUUCCGUACUCGCCUCCCGAAGUAUUAACAAUCUCAACAGAUCAAACAUAUCAGACGGUUCCAUCGCAUGAUUUGUGGCAAUUUGGAAUUGUGUUGUUCGUUUGUUUGACAGGAUGUCUGCCAUGGCAAAAAGCAGCAUCCGAAGAUCCACGCUAUAUGCGGUAUUUAGUAUGGCAAAGUUCAAGCAUGGUGAUUCCCAUUAAACGUACGCCUAAGCUUUUCAAAUUGCUCACAAACAAAGCGUGUAAGCUGUUUCGCAAAUAUCUCGAACCGAUACCAGAACGACGACCAAAAAAUCUCUCUGACCUUCAUAAAUUCUUGGGCGAACGAUGGCUAGCAAAAAAUGCAGAGAAAGAUAUGAUUGCAAACGAACCGGAUGAGCUGUGUGCAUCGAUGUAUUCGUUUCAUAGCAGUCCCGAGGAAAAGAACAAAUUAUUGUAUGCACUGACACAGCAUGGUAUUGAAACAACGGUGGAUCGAGUCGCCAAAAAGAAACGUAUUCGCGAUUGGAUUCAAGAGUCGGUAAUUCAGGAGGAUGAUGAAGAAGAUGAAGAAGGAGACGAAGAAGAAAUACGGCACACUCAGAGAGCGCCGGUGGCUGGUCAUGUGUCAUCAGUGCGAGCUCAAGAAAAAGCGGCGCGGACGCAAAUCGUGUCGACCGUAAAAGACGCAUCCAAUAAACACAUUAAUCCGCGCACAGGAAAAGUUCAAAUUGGUUCAAGUGAAAUGGGCCAUCAAUCACACAAUGAUAACAAUGGAAAUCCACAUGAACGUAUCGGUUACACAAACCAAAUGGAAAAUUUAACCUCCAACGUAGAAUUGCGUCGAGAAAAUAAUGGCUAUGAUUAUCAAGCGACACGUAGGUCGACAAAAUUAGUAGAUGUUGGUUCGCAAACAUCGAGCGAAUCGCAAAAACAACUAGAAAUGGCAAAUUCUAUUCGCACAUAUACACCCGAACGGCCAAUUUCAAUCGGCGAUGUGUACACAACAAAGAAUUCGCAAUCGGUGCCCACCAUCUCACAUACGCCCGGGCCAUAUUCGAAUAGCAGAAGCCAAAACACUCAAACAAACCUAAGUCGAAUGGAUACAACAUCCCGCGGUUUCAUGUCAGCAUUCAAUUCGCUUGCAACGGUGGCUGUACCGGCUGUGAAAAUCCAACAAACACAACAAUCAAGCGUUCAGCAUCUUCAGCCUUUUUCUAGCAGGAAUCGUGAGCGAUCCCAACCGCGACAAAGCUAUCAACAACGUCACAACACAACCGUACUCACAAAACAGCCCAUUUCGCGUUCCGUGCAUAAUUUCAAUAGCUUAGUUAAUGAUAGUGGAUACGGGUCGCUUGACAAAUUACGCUCGCCAACCUCAAAUGAUGCCAAAAACCUGAUGACAUCGCCAACACUCUCCAAACGAUCGAUCGUUCAGUCAAAAUUGGUGACACCAUCGAAUGGUGGCACCGUUUCAAGCAAUGAAUUUAUUCAUAUAAAUGGUUUAUCGCACUCGCAAAAUGAAAGCGGCAGACCAUUUGAUUCGGAUUCGGGUGGUGAUGGCGAAUGCAGUCCACGCGGUUCGAACGGUUUUGUUAACUAUGUUGGCGCCAAAACACCUCUGACUGAAACAAAUAAUCUACGAAUGAGCAUGAAGGACACCGCCUAUGACCAAGCCACGAAUUACGAUCCAGUUCGAAGCAGCCGAAAGAAAAGGUGACUUGAAUCAAACUCAUUUAACUAAACUUGGGUACUGAUUUUUCGCGAACCAUUUCGCUGGUUUCCUUCCUCUCGAAAGAGAGCCCAAACCAUUUGUAUUCAAUUCGAUUUUAGUUUACCAUUGGAAUUUUUUUUAUUGAAUUUUCGUAAUUGGAAAAAGAUUAGCCCCUUUUUUAGAUGAAAAAAAUGAAAAGAGAAAGAAAUAAAGAAAGACCAGAUUUCCUCCAUAAUUAAAUAUUGAAAAAUAAAGAAAUACAGUGAGGUGUUUUGAA